GGCAUCUUAUGGAACCAUCAAGAUAUCCAAAAUAGGGCAGGACAAACGCUGGCCUGUGUCAUGUCACUGUCCUCGCUGUGUUAUGUCAUCUUGUUCAGCGCACGCGCAGCAUCCCCCUUGUACAGGCUAUUUUGAAUAAGUAACUAGAAGAACUAGUUGUGAAGCAUAUGUUCGAUUCUUUUCGAUCCUCGUAAAAAUGUCACGUGUCAUUGUGGUCUGCUACCCCUAUAAAUAGUUAAUUCUUAUUUGUGUCGUGGUUGUUCCGGUUUGGAAGCAAUAUCUAGAAGAGGUAUCCUCCUCUUCUUGUAUUUUUGUAAUAUAAAUGUGAAUGUAGUACUAAAUAUUUAUAUAUGAAGAUAUUGAUCAUGGUCAUCAUGAUGUGGAUGAGUAGAAUGAGGACGUGGCUACAUUGUUAUUGUAACUGGAAGAUUUUACAUUUAAGAACCACUGGUAUGCUAGUCCUCAUGAUUUGAUCCCGCUCAUGGAAAAGCGGUCCUGUAGGCUGUACGCGGCUCAUCAGCUCGAUUAGACAUCUUAAUUCGUUAGCCACGACCCCCGAAGAUUCCCGAAUAGAUAGUAUCUCGUAUAAGCUAUAUCGCAUUGUGAGUUUCGCGAAAUUCUGCAUUCCUUGCCCGAGGGCCUGGAUUUUUUUUGAGCAUGAAGACAGACGAGAGACGGACUCACGACGAUGGGUUUUUCAUGCUUGAGACGAUGAGAGAGACAAAGAAGCCAGGCACAGAACGUAGACGAAGAAGCGAGUCGAUGCAUUUGGUUGCCGUCUUUUUGUUAACUUUCUCUCUGUUUUCGAUCCGUCGGCACUUCGUCUACGACUGGCCCCCUUUCUGCUUUUUUAGGCGUUACAUCUAAGGCGUAGAGUGACGCAAGGCGUUUAGUUACUCUGCUGAUGGUCUAGCGUGCGCAUGCUCCCGCUUACGGCGUUACGUUCUGCCUUUUUUUUCAUAGGAAACAGAAAGAAGGACUCUGCUAUCUUAUCAAAAAAACUAAAGUCGGCGCUUUCGUUAGUUUUCGUCUCCGCUCUGCGUCUCUGCGUCGUGUUUCUCUCUCGGUCGAAACGCUUCCAGUUUCCAUGUCCCCGCCCUCUAAGGCUCUCCGCCUUUCAGGUGUCUGGACUGGUCUGCUGACGCAGUUGGUAGCCGCAGUACCCGCCAAGGAGUGCGCGACGCCAGCCACCACCCACAAGGGUGGCGAUGCCUCUGCGCUGAAACUCGUGCGCAGUAUGGGCGAAAAUAGGCCGCAAGUCCAUACUGAUUUGCUCACGGUGCCGGACGUGCUCCGCCGCGAUUUUUUGGAGAAGUAUGAAAGUGAAAAGCUGGGCGCUGCUGCGUACCAACCACCCCAAGCCCCUACGCAGCACCGCACGGAUUUGCCUACUUCCGAUCCCUCUGCGCCUUCUUCGUCAGAGCUCCCAGCGAGCUCAAGCGGCUGCUGCCGGUAAGUGUCGAACUCUUUGCGUGAGAAGCUACCCCAUACGUAGCCGAAAAGCUUGAAGGGAAUUCGUCACAUUCAUACCCCGCCGCGUUUCCAUUCUCAGGAGAUUCUUCUUCUGAUACCAAAAUCGACGCGGAAGCACUCAAGCAAAGCACAAGAACUCACCAGCUUCGCGAUCAGCGAAUCGCCCAAGGCUACCUACCACGACGAUGAAAAGCGCUAGCACGAGCAAAGCCAUGAAGGCCCAAGGCGUUGGGGAAGAGCCUGCCCCUAUGAAGAAAAUGGCGAAAGUGGGCAACCCAAUGAAAAAAAACACAAAGCAACCGAAACAAGCAGCGGCGAAGGCUACCAAAGUACCGAAGAAGGCUGCCAUCAAAACACCGGGGAAGGCUGUCAAAAAAAUGAUGGCCAUGGAAGCGGAGUAGCUUGCUAUAUAACUUCCCCACUGUGGCUCGUGUCGCUUUCGAAAGCCAACGAUAGACGCACUCUCAUCGGUUUCCGACUUUAGAGCGCAAGACAUCACUGCAGGAAAAUCAAAGCAAACCGAUCAAGUUCGAGAACCAAAGAGCGGCGGCUGGGUUGAUGGCUUUCGUUUUCCAUCCAUCCAAGUAGAGGCAUCCGAGCAAUAUAGAAAAAGCACGCAGGUAAUACGUACGGGAACAGUAAGCGGGUACCUCGCUCGGUGAUAUAUUAGAAAGAGCGCCAGUAAAUCACUGCGGGCGUUGUCCUUUAUGAAUUGCAUGGAGAGCCCCCAGACGGACCCAGAUUCAAUUAUGGCGCCACAGUUGUGACGAACUUCGCACACGGUUAAGAAUCAAGACCAACACGGACGCCACAACAAAGCCGCGACAAGCUGGCGAGCUAUCAGCCCAACCAGCCCACAGCAUGCCAUACGCAUGCCAUGCGCUUCCUGCAGAAGCAUCCAAAUGACACGGCGCCAAAUUAAUAGGGCUGCACAAUCAAAGGAGAAGCCUUCUCACAUCAGCGCGCGGCGUUUGCAUUAUCUGGCUAACGCGUCUAGCAUUGCGCGCGUGUUCUCUUGCAUUUUUUGCAAGCGACGCCAUCGGCGUCGACAGUUCAGCCGAUGCACUGCGCGCGACAUGAGAGGAGCUAAACCGGACAAAGAAGCAAAAUACUAAGGCCACAGAGUGCGUUACUUAGAGUUGCGCGCUUCAUUGUUAUGCCAUGCAUCGAGGUCAGGCUUGGCCUCUCUUUUGCUCUCUACUAUGCAUCGAAUUCAAACGCUCCGCGUUUUCUUCUGCUUUCUUGUCAUGUCUUUGCUGCAAGUCAUGCCAUCGGCGUGCUUUUUCUGGGGCAAAAGAUGCCGCGCAUGCGCUGGCGCCAGCUGAACGGGAACGACGACGGAGACACCUGCGGCAAGUUUUUUUUUUGGAGUUAGAUACUUACCAAAGAAAACAGAACACCAGCCCAGCAAUGCUGCUGGGAUGAUGUUCACGGGCGCGAGCACUAUCCACGCAGGAGCAUGAAGCACGGGAACACUUUGGAAAGCGGGCACCAUUGUGCUACCAUCAACCACAUCGCGCCAGGGUUUUUGCUGCUUCGUCAGUGUUAACGUGUAGGAUUCUCAUCGCGUCGAUCUACUUCUAACUCGCGAGCCAGCGGAGCCGUGCUUCCUAAGCACUCGCCUCGCUGGUAGCAAUCUUAAAACCAGCGGAACCAACCAGAACCAAGUCCGUCGCUCGCUUUGGACUAUGCUACUGCUUUAGCCGCUGCGGGAUUCAAUAAGCCACGGCCACGAGCUCAAAGCGAUAAGCGCAGCGCUUGUCUUAUGGUAGAAGGCAGAAGCCUUGCAGCAGUGCAGCACUUUGGCCCCCCUUGAGGCUACCCCGUUGCGCGGUUUUUGUAUCGUGGAGAAGCAUGGACAAGCUUCCCCGCGACGGUUUCGCCAAUAUCUGAAACAGCGCAACCCGCUAUAUUCUCAACUCGUUUGGCGCAAGCCGGCCAAAGUGCUGGCUUAUCGAAUCCAGGCAGUCCGUAUGUGCUACAGGUUUGCUCUCUAUUAAUUCGCUAGCCAAGUCCUCUCCUUUAAGUGUGUCCGCUGCGUGAGGCGCCUGAGCAAGUUCUCUCCUGAUCGUGGGGCGGUCGCUGUUUUUGUUUUUCUGAUUCGCUCGGCCUCCAAGAUUGUUCCAAUUCUUGCUGCCAGCAGGCUCCUCGAGGUUUUCACUGCAUUGGACAAGCAACACAGUGGCAAGAGCUAGGCCGGGCUCUCGCGUAUACUGGUCAAAGUUUUCGAGUGGGUGCGCUGUCUCAAUCUGGUGCGAAUUAUCUUGCGCGCAAGAGUUUGCAACUCCUUCAAUAAUGUCACACGCAGCAACUGUCUGCAGCAGCACCAGACCCGUCUGGUUCUGAACGUAGUGGCCUUUCUUCUGCUGAGUGGGAGUUUUCAACUUUUUCAGCAGUAUACUGCUGACGCUUCGGCCAUUGCGUGGCCACUGUGUGACAGACUGACUGAAGACGCGGCGCAUAUCUCUCACGCGCGUCGCGUGCAGUCAGGUCGCGUCGCCUGGGUUCUUUUCAGUUGAUUCGUGCGAAGGCUCCCUGCUCUGACGCGUGCAGCCCUUUGGUGAUACUUUCACGCGCGACGCUUGUCAUCAAAGCAGCGCACUACUGUAGGCAUAACCCCCCUCAGUUCGGACCCACGUUCUAUCUUGCUGCCAAUCGUUGGCCGCUUCCAGAAAGUAGCGGGUAAGUUUAUCCUUUCUUGUCUCUGCAGUAUUUCCCUCCUCCCUCUUCUUCCCCUUUUUCCUUAAAGUCAUGCACUUGGCCAGUAUGUCAGAGCCUGGCGGUCUUGUUUUCUAAGUCUAGACUUUAUACUUACACGAGACAGCCCGGAGCGACUUAAUAAACUUAACAGCAGCGCAGGGAUGUCGUCACCCCUGCGCUAGCCUGUGAUAUGCUACUAGAAGACAAGUGGCGCCGUAUUUCGUUGAGAUCAUCAAACGUCCCCGCUUACGCUUGACAGUGUGGAAUAACAAAUAUGACGAUGAAAAAUCAGCUUGAUGUUUGAUGAUCUGGAAUCGUUGUAAAAAUCUUGUGUGCAGCUUUUUGAGUCCACUUUUAUGAAGAAGAUAUUACAAAGUAGUGAGCGUACUACCUACACCUGAAUGUUGUGUAUGAACACAUCUUGAUCUUCACAUCAUGAUAGAUAUUAUGGAUAUUCACAAAUCAGACCGUUGCUGUCCUCUCCUGAAGAACAAAAAGUUUUGGUUUUUCGUUUGGUCUCGGCGUUGGCCGUAAUCAAUGCAGAACGCGACCGCAAGUGAU